CGCCCUCCCGCUUUGACGCGCAGCCGCCAGCCAAUGGGAGCGCACGUUCGCAUUGCGUCAUCGGGUGAGAGGCCAACGGACAUGGCGGCGUUCACUAUGUAAACAGCCCGUCAGAGAGCGAACAGCGGUGAGGCAUGAGGCUGUUGAGCAAGGCAGCGCAGACGGCCGUGUGUCACCGAGGCGGCGGCAGCAGGCAGUUCUGGGGCUGGCUCAACGCCGUUUUCAACAAGGUGGAUUAUGAGAGGAUCGAAGCCGUGGGUCCGGACCGAGCUGCGUCAGAGUGGCUGCUGAGGUGCGGUGCCAAAGUGAGGUUUCAGGGUUUCGAGCGCUGGCAUCACGACUACAACGGGCUGCCCACUGGACCUCUGGGCAGAUACAAGAUCCAGGCAAUUGACGCCACUGAAUCCUGCAUCAUGCACCGAGGGUUUGACCAUCUAGAUGGCUUGAAAUACCUGGAGGAAAUCAAGUUCAACAAGUGUAUCUACAUCGAGGACACCUGCCUGGAGAGGCUGAGCUCCAUCGAGAACCUGCAGGAGAGUUUGUACAUGAUGGAAAUCGUGUCGUGCGGAAACGUGACGGAUAGGGGCGUCAUCGCCCUGCACAAGCUCAGGAAUCUGGAGUAUCUGUUCCUCAGUGAUCUGCCGGGGAUCAAAGAUCGAGAGAAGACUGUUGAGAGGCUGCAGACGGCACUUCCACGUCUGGACAUAGCACUGGACCUUGAAUGACUGCGAAAACUGCUCUCUGUUUAGGAGAGAGUGUGUUUUUAUUUUAAAAGUAUGGACACUUUUGAAGGCUUUCAGAGCAGAAAACUUGAAAAAGGAAACACUAGAGCAUCCAGGGCUUUGAUUGUCAGAUGUACUGGUCUUUUGGACUGAGAUUAUUUCCACAUGAAUACGAGGAUGAAAGCCUGCCGCUGUGGUUAAAUCUUUAAGUGUGUGGAGCGCAGCACUGUGGGGAAAAUUCAAUGAAGAAAUAAGCUAAUCUAGCAGCUUUGAGCUUGAGGUAGAAGCAAGGCUCUAAAAAGAAACAAAAUUUUCAAAAGGAGCAAAAGUUGAACUUGCACUUUAUGAUGCUGACAUAAAAAAAAAAAGUUUGACAGAAUUAACUGUUAUAUAGUUUAUUAUAUUCUCAACAUUCAAGGUAUUAAAGGUUACUCCAUAUAUGGGUACACAGAGACAAACAAAUUUGUGAAAAGGCUGAGGAUUUGAAGUAUUCAGGAGGUUGUGAAACAAAUCCCUUAAGAUGAGUUUUGGCAUUUGUAAAAAUAUCCGAGAGAAGCGAGAUGGCUGUGAACAUCCUUAGCACCAAAGUUCCAGAGAUAAUGUGUAGUAUGUGAUUUUGUUGCUACUGCGUCCUUGUAAAUAUGGGAAACGUGUGUUAGGGAUUGUAUUCACUCCUGAUAUAACAUAAACAUUAUUGUCAAAAAUGAA